UUCGACUUUCACCUUAGAGAAAUGAAAGGCCUUCCCCCAUUCCAUAGCUUGUUGGAAAAUCUCUUCUCCUCCAUCUUCCUUCACCGACAAGCCACUCGGCAGAAAUCCCUCCGCUGCCACUGCCGCCCCAUCAUGGUCUCGUAGCAGGAAGCCCGUGGCCGAUUUACCACACUGCCUGAAGACCGACCAGCUCAAUUUGUAGCUUCCUUUCGCCGGCUUGGACCACCUCCAAAUCUGCGGCUUCUUCAAUGAGAAAUUUGCAGAUUUUUAUCAGGAACCACCUCCUUCCAUAAGACAUCCCAGUACACUUUCCAGAUAUGCCAAACAAUCACCCCUGGCAACACCACUAUAAAGUCUUCCGCAAAUGGUCAGCAUCUGUUCAAAAAAACCCAAAUGGAUCUUGCAAACUGGUAGCCAAGAAGCACAUGGUCCUGCGAAGCACUCGCUGACUUGCAUAGAGGGCAAAUGGAAGGAUAGGAUGCAGAGAAGGCCGUUAACUGUUCCGGGAAGGGUAGCCCCUUAUACCACAAUUUCCAUAAAAAAAUUAAUUUUGGUCAAUUGUUUGGGGUGCCAAAUGUUUGUAUCAAUUAAACUUCUCCCCCUCCCUGACCAAAUAGCCCUGUAAGCAUAAUUAGAAGAAAAAACACCAUUAGUUGUGUGCUUCCAUUUGAUAAAGGUAGUAUUUCUAUCAACCAUUGGUUCAGCCUCAUCAUGAAUCUGGCAGAUUCUUCUCCACGUUGGAGAAUCAAGAGGCUUAACCUCUCCCAAGACCCUACUACCAUAUUUACUCUGCAUAAGGCCAGCCCACAUUGACCCUCCAGUCUGAUAUUCCCACCAAAGCUUGAGUGCAGAUAUUUUUUGCCUAUCUUUCAGGGAUCUAAUGCCCACCCCUCCUGCAUCUGUGGGCCUGCAAAGUUUUUUGUAGGAUAUCCAAUGAUGCUUGGGCCUGUUGUCCUUAUAUCCCCAGAAACAAUCUGCAAUCGUCCUAUUGAUAAUGGUCACCACAACUGCUGGAAUACCAUGUUAGGAAAUUGAUGUAACGUACCUCGAAAGUACAGCAGUGGAAGUUUAAAAUUUUUCCAAACAUAUCUUCCUUGAUUAUGACAAAACAACGAAUAUAAUAAAAUAACAUAUCUGAGUGAAUUAGAACGUACAGAUCUUCCAGUCUAGCGGUGAUAGGAAGUUCCUUAUUCUCCGCUGGCACUUCCGCAAAGGAGCGCGCUCCUGCCCCCGACUUCCCAGCCGGAGCAGCCCAUGCAGCCGCAGUUACCAUGCACGCCGACCCUAGAUCGCCAGAACCCUAGGGUUGAUAGGAAGUCUAGUUUAUGCAUACCAAAUUUCAGCUAAUAAUUCAAUCGGGAAGGCAGUCAAAUGAAUUUUUGAAGAUAACCGUGCAGUUAAACAACGUGGUACAUUUCAGAAAAUCAUUUGACUAUCUUCCUGGAUGAACUUUUAUCUGAAAUUUGGUAUGGUUUACGCAUACCAAAGUUCAGCUAAUAAUUCAACCGGGAAGGCAAUCAAAUGAAUUUUUGAAGAUAACUGUGAGCUGAAAUUGUAAGUGGUGGUUGAAGAGUUGUUGAUUAGUAAUGAUUCUCUAUCAACUUGUGUCUGACAUUGUAAGUAGUGGUUUAGUAGUACGCUUAUCUCAAAAGAUAAGAAUUCAAUGGUUGUGAAGAUAAGGAAAUCCAUCUAACGGGUAAUGUAAUGAUUCCAUAUCAAUUUGUGUCUCACAUUGUAAGUAGUUGUUGAUUAGUACGCUUAUCUCAAAAGAUAAGAAUACAGUGGUUGUGAAGAUAAGGAAAUCCAUCCAACGGAUAAUCUAAGGAUUCCUUAUCAACCUCUACAUUAUAUAAAUACGGAUGCAAUGAAGUAUCACACUUCAUCAAAACCUCUAUCUCACAAUCUAUAUUUUAUCUUUUUUGCUUUACUCUCAAAAUGACUUCAAGAUCAACUAGUUACACCAUAGCGGAAGACGCAUUGUUGUGUCAAGUAUAUUUAGACAUAACUCAAGACCCAAUCAUCGGCAGAUAUCAAUCUGCAAAUGAUUUUUGGUCACGAGUUGAGGCUAAAUACAAUGAACACCGUGAACAAAAUUACGAGCAUCGUAAUAUACGUUCACUUCGUUCAAGAAACGGAUAUAAUAAGUACUCAGGCACGGAGGCGAAAUGGGUGUGUCAAACAAGUUGAGAAUAUGAAUUCUAGUUGUUAGGUAUUGGCCCAACUAUUUCCGUAAGCCCAUUUAUUCUUUGGUUGUACCCGGCCCAGGGUUGGACUUACCGAUUCUAUUUUCUCCUUGUUCGCCCUGCGCAUAUCCUCCCUUGUUCUUCUUUCCUUGUUGAAGCCGCUGCAUAUCUUUGAUAAGGUAAGUUACCUUACCUGAGUUUUUGACCUUGGCUUAUAAAUAAUUCUCCUUUCUCCGUUUUGGGUAGAGCGCCGAAACCUAAUCCCCCAAAAUCAGUCCGAGCUUUUCUUUUGGGUUCACCGGAGAUAUUUGGCCGGAAAUAGCCUGCUGGCUGACGCCCCUCCCCCUUUGUGAUCAUAGUGGUGUUAUUCAUCCUUGUGGAUGAAAUUAGAGACCUGAGCUGGAAGAUUCAGAACUUACAGUGGUAUCAGAGCCAGCCGCCGCCCGCCGCCGUCUCGCCGCCGUCGCGGGAGAUCCGGGGAGUGUCGCCGGAGGUCCAGGAGUGCCACCAGUGGUCCCGGGAGUUCUGCCAGAAGCUUCCAGCCGUCCAAGUACUCUGCUGCCUCGGCCCAAACCUGCUGCCGCCAGCCACGGAGCUCUGCCGCCAGUCCAGUUCACUGCCGCCACGCUCUACAGCAGCCCACGCUGCCUACGGUAAGUCGGGUAACCCAACCUCGGGCCCCGCUCAGGUAAAUUGGCGUUAACCACCCUUGGUGUACCGGAGUGCCACCGGAUUUAUUUUUUCCCCACUCCCCGCUGCUAACCUACGUGGUCUUGGAUGCCGGCUGUGCCCGGCCCCAGGUACGUUUACUAAUCCUUUGUGUGAUUAUUUAUUCGUAGUUCAUUCAUUUUUAAGUUCAAGUUUAAAUUGCAAUUACUUGUUUGUUUAAAUUGUGAUUACUUGUUGGUUUGUGAUUAAUUCUUUCCGGUGAAGAAUAUUUUGUUUGGAUACCUGUUGUCCAAAAUUGUGAUUAUUUCUUCCGGUUUAAAUUUAAUCAUGUGUUGGAUUUUUUUUUUUUUGAUUUUUCUGUUGAUUGAUUCGUGGAUAAACUCUCCGGUUAAGAAUAUUUGUUUGGAUACCUGUUGUCCGAAAUUGGGAAUAUUUCUAUCCGGAUUAGUUUUAAAUCCCGUUUCUUUGUUGGUUGAUUUAAUUCUAGCCUAUUUGCGCUUGUACGAAAGAACAAGGAGAUUGUACCCGAGCUUUGUGUUCAUUGGUCUUCUCGGCUUGUUCGUGCUAGUUGCUUCGUACAAUUGAUAGCCCUAUAGGUUAUAAUAAAUCAUUUAUCUGUCGGUUGAUUAAAUAAAAAAUUUUUAUCUGUGCUUGUACGAAAGAACAAGGAGAUUGUACCCGAGCCUUGUGUUCAUUGAUCUUCUCGGCUUGUUCGUGCUAGUUGCUUCGUACGGUACGAAAGAACAAGGAGAUUGUACCCGAGCUUUGUGUUCAUUGGUCUUCUCAGUUUCUUCGUGCUAGUUGCUUCGUACCGGUUGAUAGCUUGAUAAAUUUUUUAUUUACUCUCUUGCGUGUUGUGCUUGCUUUCCGGUUAAUAUGGCUGUCAAUCAAUAUGGCAUGCUUCCAUUUAACGGAAAGACAGAUUUUGAUAUCUGGAAACAGAAAAUCAAAUGCGUAUUGAUCCAACAGAAAGUCUAUAGAGCUGUGACCGGUCUCUAUUUAGACUCUGAGGAUGCUGCCAAGCGCGUUGAAAUGAAUGAAACUGCUUGUUCCUCUAUUUAGCUAAACCUUUCUGAUUCAGUGCUCAGGAAGGUGGGUAUUAUAGAUUCUGCUAAAGAGUUGUGGGACAAGUUAGAUAAGUUGUAUACCGAUACUUCUUUGCCUGGUAAAUUGUUUUUGCUUGAGAAGUUCUUUAGAUUUAGGCUUGACCUGACUAAAGACAUAGAUGAGAACUUAGAUGUGUUUAACAAGCUUAUUCAGAACAUUAAGCAAGCCGGUGAUAAACACAUAGAUGACUACACACCCCUAGUGUUACUUAAUGCAAUCCCUGACUCUUACAAUGAUGUCAAAUCUGCCAUAAAGUAUGGUAGAGACGAUAUCUCGUUAGAUAUAGUCGUUAAUGGAUUAAGGAGUAAGGAGUUAGACCUUAGACACUCGAGGGGUAGUAACAGUCAAUCUAGGGACUCUGGUGAAGCGUUGCUUGUGAGGGGUAGGUCUAAGAGUAUAUCUAGAAACCAUAAGAAGGGUAGCAACAAUAAGAACCAGACCAAUAACAAUGACCCGGGGAAGAAGAGAGGUAAGUCUAAGAAGAGAGUGUGCUAUAAUUGUGGUAAUUCUAGUCACUUCAUUAAGGAUUGUCCCCAUCCUAAGAAGUCUGAACAUGCUAAUUUGGUAGAUGAUAAUAACUUGCAUGAAGAAGUUUUUUUGGUCUGUGAUUUUGCAAAUUCUGUGUUGAGUAGCAUGACUGAAAAUGAGUGGUUGAUUGACUCUGGUUGUACUUAUCAUAUGACACCUUUCAGAUCUCUGUUUGCUUCUUAUGAUUCUUGCAAUGAUGGUUUUGUGUCUCUUGCUGAUAAUAAGAAAUGCAAAAUACAUGGGGUGGGUGAUGUAUGCUUGAAGUUUGAUAAUGAGACUGUGUUUACUAUGAAAAAUGUGAGGCAUGUCUCUGAUUUGCGUCAUAACUUGUUUUUUGUCGCUGCUUUUGAGGGUAGUGGGCUUGAGGGUAAAUGGGGAAAUGGGUGCAUGAAAGUUUUGAAAAAUUUCCUUGUUUUGUUUAAGGCAAAAAAGGUGAAUAAUUUGUAUGUGUGCCAUGCUCAGCCUUUCUGUGAUUCUGCUCAUGUUGUUAGUUCUGAUAAAACUGUUUUGUGGCAUAAUAGAUUAGGACACAUGAGUAAUAAGGGUUUAGAGAUUUUGCAUAAAUCUGGUUGUUUUGGUAAGGAUUCUGUGUCCUCCAUCCCUUUCUGUGAAUCUUGUGUGUUAGGCAAGCAGCAUAAGGUUACAUUCCCCUCUUCCCCUUAUCCUAAUCCCACUAAGUGCACCUCUGUGUUAGAGUAUGUUCAUGCAGAUGUGUGGGGUCCUGCUAGUGUCUCUACCCACGGGGGUAAGAGAUAUUUUCUGUCCAUUAUCGAUGAUUUUUCUAGGAAGGUGCGGGUCCGUCUUCUUGAGCAUAAGUCCGAUGUCUUUGUGAAAUUUAGGGAGUGGAAAACCCUUGUAGAAAAUCAAAACGGUAAGAUGGUCAAAACCCUUAGGACCGAUAAUGGAUUAGAGUUUUGCAAUAAGGAUAUGGACCAACUCUGUGUUGAUUGUGGGAUUAGAAGGCACAAAACUGUGCCCUAUACUCCCCAACAAAAUGGGAUAGCCGAGAGAAUGAAUAGGACUGUUCUAGAUAAGGUUAGGAGUAUGCUUGCCACCUCCGGUUUGUCUAAAAAGUUUUGGGGUGAAGCAGUCAAUACUGCUCUCUACUUGAUUAACCGGUCUCCUUCUGUUCCCUUGGGUGGGAAAUGCCCUGAAUCUGUUUUUUCAAACAAGCCCCUUGAUUUGUCUAAUCUUAGAGUGUUUGGGUGUGCUGCGUAUGUGCACCAACAAGGUGACAAAUUGGAUCCUAGGUCUAAGAAAGGAGUCUUCUUAGGUUAUCCUAAGGGUGUGAAGGGGUACAGGGUUUGGGAUAGGAACCAGGUAGGUUUCAAGGUUGUGGUAAGUAGAAACGUUGUUUUCAAUGAAUCCGAGUUCCCUUGUCUGGUUAAGUCAGUUCCUGAUUCUGAGUCGAGCCCUAGUAGUACACCUGUUGAGGUGGAGUCCAUACCAUAUGCUGCUAGUCCUUUGUUUGCUAAUCAUGAUUCUUCUAAUUUGCAUGAUUCUUCUGAAUUGCAUGAUUCUUCUGAGCAUGAUAAUACCACCACUUCGAGUGAGGUGGAGCAUUCUCAUGUGCAUUCAAAUGACAAUGAAUCGCAUGAUGAGAGUGCUGAUUCUAGUGAUAUUGAUUUGCAUGAUUACCAACUUGUUAGAGAUAGAAGUAUGAGAGAAAUUAGGAGAACUGCUGAUAGCAUGCCUGAUUUUGCUUUCCAUGCGUGUGAUACUUCUAUGUUUGCUUUCUCUGUGUUUGAGACCCUUGAGCUUAACGAACCUAAAACCUAUAGGGAGACCCUUAAGUCUAAUGAGUCCGCUAAAUGGCUUUGCGCCAUGGAGAGUGAGAUGGAGUCACUUAGAGCGAAUAAGACUUGGACGUUAGUUCCUAGACCGCCCAAUAGUUCCGUUGUUGAGUGUAAGUGGCUAUUUAAGGUUAAGGAAGAGCCUAACGACAUUAGAUAUAAGACUAGGUUAGUAGCUAAGGGUUUUAAUCAAAAGGAAUGUGUUGAUUAUGCUGAAAUCAUUGCUCUUGUUGUUAAAUUCACUACGAUUAGAAUGAUGCUUGCUCUUGUUGCUCAUAAUGAUUGGGAAAUGAAGCAAAUGGACGUCACCACUGCUUUCUUGCAUGGUGAUUUAGACAAGAAAAUCUAUAUGACCCAGCCUGAGGGCUUUGUGGAUCCCAUGAAGAGUAAUCAUGUGUGUUUGCUUAGGAAGGCCUUGUACGGCCUGAAGCAGUCCCCGAGGCAGUGGAAUAUCAAAUUUGACCAGUGCAUGUCAUCUUUGAAAUUUCACAAGUCCGAGUGCGACCAUUGCCUAUACUUUAAAAAUACUUCUUUUGUGCCUGUAUUUUUAUUGCUUUAUGUGGAUGACAUGUUGAUUGUUAGUCCUUCGGGUGACGCCAUUAAAGGUGUGCAAAAGCGUCUCAGUGAGAACUUUGCAAUGAAAGACCUAGGUGAUGCCAAGAGGAUCCUAGGCAUUAACAUUGUUGGGGAUAGGAGUAAGCGUGUGUUAGUACUCAAUCAGAUUUCAUACAUUGAAAAGAUUUUGAGUAAAUAUAACAUGCAUUCUGCUACUACCGUCUCUAUCCCUAUGGCGUCCCACUUUGUGUUAAGUAAGGAUCAGUCUCCCAAGACUGCUCCUGAAAUUGCUAAAAUGAAAUCUGUGCCUUAUUCCGAUGCUAUUGGGUCCGUGAUGUACCUCAUGGUGAGUACUAGACCCGACAUUGCCUAUGCUGUUAGUUGUUUGAGUAGGUAUAUGUCUAAUCCUGGUUUACCUCAUUGGAAUGCUCUUAUGUGGUUGCUUAGGUACUUGAAAUCUACUGUUAAUCAUGUGUUGGUUUUCACUAGGUGUUCUAAGGGUGUUAAGUUGAGUGGGUAUGUGGACUCGAAUUUUGCUAACGAUAGAGACAAUAGGAAAUCCACUACCUCUUAUGUGUUUACCCUUUGCGGAUCUUGCAUUAGUUGGAAGUCUCAACUUCAACCCAUAGUUGCCCUUUCCACUACUGAGUCCGAGUAUGUGGCCACUACCGAAGCAUUUAAGGAAGCCAUUUGGCUUAAGCGUCUCCUAACGGAGAUUGGUAGUCUUAAUCAGGACAUCUGUGUGUUUUCUGAUAGUCAAUCUGCUAUUCAACUGUCCAAAAAUCCUGUUUUUCAUGAUAGAACUAAGCAUAUUGAUGUUAGAUUUCAUUUUAUACGUGAUAUUGUUAGUGCAGGUGAUAUCAAGUUGAUUAAAAUUCCGUCUGAAUUUAACCCUGCUGACAUGGGGACUAAAUGUCUCUCUGUCGAAAAGUUGUUGUCGUGCAAACGCAUGUUAAACAUUGAUUGUGGAUAAGUUGCCUGGUGAUCUUACCCCUUUUGCCUGAAUGUGUCUUUGUGAUCAUUCGGGCAAUCCAGCGAUGAUGAGUCUCAUGUUUGUGUUAGAGUUUUUACUCUAAGCCACUAUGGUCCAAUAAGGUGGAGAAUGUGUUAGGUAUUGGCCCAACUAUUUCCGUAAGCCCGUUUAUUCUUUGGUUGUACCCGGCCCAGGGUUGGACUUACCGAUUCUAUUUUCUCCUUGUUCGCCCUGCGCAUAUCCUCCCUUGUUCUUCUUUCCUUGUUGAAGCCGCUGCAUAUCUUUGAUAAGGUAAGUUACCUUACUUGAGUUUUUGACCUUGGCUUAUAAAUAAUUCUCCUUUCUCCGUUUUGGGUAGAGCGCCGAAACCUAAUCCCCCAAAAUCAGUCCGAGCUUUUCUUUUGGGUUCACCGGAGAUAUUUGGCCGGAAAUAGCCUGCUGGCUGACGCCCCUCUCCCCCUUUGUGAUCAUAGUGGUGUUAUUCAUCCUUUGUGGAUGAAAUUAGAGACCUGAGCUGGAAGAUUCAGAACUUACACUAGUGGUGCUUCUAAAAAAGAUAUUGCAAGUAUAAUAUAAUUUUAAUUUUCAAUAAGUUGUUUACUUUUAUGUAAUACAAAUUUUAUUUUAAUGAUUUGCAGCUCGAUCGUGCUAAAGUUUUAUUUAUGCAAAAUAGAAAAUUUUCUAAAGGUAUUAAGUUUGACCAUGUCUCGGAUAUGAUUAAAAAAUUUGAAAAAUUUAAAGAUGAUGUGUCAACUGCAAGACAUGCUUCUCCACAAAAAAGACAAGUUGAUUACGACUCUUCCCAAUCAGACUCCCAUCCACCAUCUCCAUUAUCAUCGUCACCUGGAUUGUCAUCUUCCUUCAAUAAAGAAGUUGAUACUGAUUCUGGAUCAGAUUUUUCAAAACGACCAAUAGGGGUCAAAAAAGUUAAAUUGAAAAAGAAAAACGAUGAAGACACUAUUGUUUUGCUUAAGUCAGUUAAGAGCGACAAUGAGCAACUUAUAGAGAUGUUGAAACAAUCAUCGUUAGAUAGACAAGAACAAUUGCAACUCCAAUGAUAAAAUAUGGCAUACAAAGAAUAAAGGAGAGAAGAUAAAAUUAUGUUCAUGGAUUUGAAUUCUAUUGUCAAUCCUCAAACGCGAGCAUAUAUAAUUGUAUAAAGAUCGAGAAUUUUUCAAAAAAAAUCUCAAGGAGGAUCAUCUGCUGGAUUUGGGAAUUUAUUUGAUGGUCUUGGAGGAUCUAGAAGUGGGUUGAAUGAUUACUAAAUUAUAAAUUAAGUGUAAUUUUAAUUAGUUAUUUUCUUAAAUAUCAUUUGUAUUCUGUUAUUAUGUUGUUUCGAUUUGAAUUUUUAUUUAUAAUAUUGUGUGAAUUUAUUUAUUAUACUUCCUCGUUUAUUAUAUAUUUUUUUGAGUUUAAUUUAUAAUACAUUAAUGAAACAAAUAGAGUCAAAGUAGAAUACAUGAAUAGUGUCAAAAGUCGAAUGUUGCGUUUAAAAGAAAAUGGAGGUAGUAUGUUUUUUUUAUUUUCUACCAAAUUAAUAAUUUAAAUUUCUUGUUCUUGUUCUAAAAAUGGGUCAAAAUUAUAAUAAUCAAAACCUUGGGUCACUUUUGAAAUAAAAAAAAGAAAAAGAAAAGAAGAUGGCGCAUGUUUUGGCGUACGCCAUAUAAGUAAAGCCAAACCCUCCCCCAAAAUGUUGAAAUGGUUAAAGGGAUGGUGUAGUUAUUGGAGCAAAAAAAUGAUAAAACUGUCAUUUUGAUGUAAGAUUUGGUGAUUGUUGGAAGGAAAAUGCUUAGUGUACAUUAGUUGUACACAAACUGUACACAAAAUCCCCUAGUUGCCUGUGUACACAGGUAAUACAUUUAGAAAAUGGCAGAAUUUGAUACCCAAUUGUUUGUGUACACAAGCAAUGUACACAUUUUGUGUAUUGUACACCAAGCAUCAGGGGCGGAGCCAAGGGAGCUCAGGGUGGUCAACCGACCCCGCUGAAAGUUUGAGAGUGUAGAGCUCUGAAAUAUCUUCGGAUUGAUAUAUUAUGGCCCCAGUAACUCAUUACGAGUAAGAAGUUAUGACUUCUGGAAAAUCAGCACUCUCUAAACAUAAAAUCAGCACUAUCUAAACAUAAAAUCAGCACAAUUUGAUGUAUACUAUCGAUUAUUUUCCCAAAUUUAAAAAAUAGUUAUAAUUCACUAAAUACCUACGUGACACGAUUCUGAAACAGAGCAAAGAAAAUCUAUCGUUUUGCUACGAGUGCCUAUUUAUCUAAACUGCAUAUGAAAUAUUCAAUUCGGACAUUGUUUAAAAACAAUCCACCAUUUUCAUUUUGUACAUAGGUUGAGUUUCGACCCCCGAGCCAUUUUUCUGGCUUCGACACUGCCAAGCAUGGCCCUUGUUGGAAUGAUAUUUCUUAUUCGAUGAUUUCAGGAUUUUGUUUUAUUCAUGUUUGAUACGUUCCUAAUUUAUUUGUUUUCACUUCCAAUUCCUACACAUUCAUCACUUCUUCCUAUCCUAUUUAAAUUCUGGAAUUUAUAGCUUUGUUUCUUGUUUUGUACUUCCAUCAUUUUAUACGAAGAACUUGAUAGUAACAGAGUAUGCUAAAGAAGAGUAAAAUGAAAAUUUGGCAUUCUAUAUGCUAUAAGCAAUAGUGUAAUUCUUCUUGUUGCCUAUACACAAGAGUUAAAUGCUACAAGAGUUGAUAACAUAUUAUGCCUACGAGAUGGAUAGGGCUGGCAGUUUUGACACCUACUUUCUUCUGCAUGAUAAACCACUUGAUGAUUGUCCAGCUUUUUAUUCACCCGUCCCUUUCAUUUUUUUAGCAAGCACUACUUACUCAUUGUUUGGUUCAAGAGGGGAGAAGGAAUGUAGAAGAAGAGUUGAAAUGGAGGUAUGUUUGGGAAUUUGGAUAGGAGAAAGGGAAUUUCGGAAAGGAAAGGAAGCAUCUGGAUGUUUUUUAAACAAGUUCAAACUCUUUUUAUUUAUUUAUUUAUUUACUUUGUAUCAUAUUAAGGUUGAGAAAUUGAAACAUAAAAAGUAUAGGCUAAUUUUUCAGAAGUUUAAACUUUUAAUCAAUUGUUUUGUUAUAUUCUUUUCCUAUCAUUUUUUAAUUUCAAAACUUUCAAACAUAACCUAAUUCCCCCUCAGCCAGGCACACAACACUCCUCUACUUCCCUUGUCUUCCCUCCAAAGUCCUCCAACCAAAUAAGAGCAAGGUUUAUGGAAGUAAAUUAUUAUCUCCAAGCAUAGUUAUGACUAUGGAGCACAGUUUUCUUGAUGCUCUGUAUUAAGUUAUGGCUUCUGUAAAAGAGAGUAAGUGAGAAUUUUAGCUUGAUCUCGUGGUGUUCUAAUAAUUUGCACUAUCAUUAUUCAGGUAUGACAGAGAAGGGAUGAUCAUAUGCAGUACUUAUCUCAAAGUGCUGCAAAAUUUUAGAUGUGCUUAAACUUUGGAGAUGAGGAUUUGAUGGUUCAAAACAUUCUAGGGCACAUUAAACUGAGAAAAAUGCUAAGAGUUCACAACAAAAAUUGAUGAUAUGAAUAACUCUAUGGAGGAAUUAUAUACACGCGGGGCAUUCAAGAUUAUUGGAUACGAUAUGUUUUUAUAUAAGAGCCUAUGUAGUUGGUCUUUCUAUAUUGUUUGUGUGAAGACCAAUUAGCAAUAAGUAGCUUCUAUAUUAAGUGAUGUACAUGUGAUGUACAAUUGUACUAUUAUCAAUUUUCAUUUUCCAGAUAUAUUUUAAUAUGUAGGUAUUCAUUUGUGAUAU